CGUGAUUUCGCCCCCCUCCCCUGUUCUAGAAUCGGAGGCUUGAGGGUGACCACGCCUGCGCACUGAGCACCAUACUGCCGAGGUUCAUUUCAUGGGUAUUUGGAAAGGCUGGGUGAGGGAGUGAAAGGUGGAGAGUGCUAGACUUUAAGGUUCACACUCUUUUUAGGCUGGCGGCUGACCUAAGCGUGCGCCCCCCGACGAGAACGAUUUCGACCGUGCGGAGGCUAGUGAAAGCGACUGGAAUGAAAGAAGAAUAAAGUGAGAGCUGAUUUAGGAGUAAAGGAACGACAAGCAGAGGCACCGCGGCGGUAGACACCAGCCAGACAACCGUUAGCUACGGACGGAGAGAGAGAGAAAAGGAAAAAAUUAAAAGGGGGACGGUUUGACAUUUGUGUAAAGCGCACAGAGUAACCAAAUUGUGGAAACCUUAGUACACCGGGUAUGGCAGACGCAGACGUCGACUUCCAGACAGGCGAUGCCGGGGCAUCCGCCACCUUCCCCCAGCAGUGCUCCGCGCUGCGCAAGAACGGCUUCGUGGUGCUGAAAGGACGACCCUGCAAGAUCGUGGAGAUGUCCACCUCCAAGACCGGAAAACACGGCCACGCUAAGGUCCACAUGGUUGGUAUUGACAUCUUCAACGGCAAGAAGUAUGAAGAUAUCUGUCCCUCCACCCACAACAUGGACGUCCCCAACAUCAAGAGACUGGACUACCAGUUGAUUGGGAUCACAGAUGGUUACCUGUCUCUGCUCCAGGACAGUGGUGAGGUGAGAGAGGACCUAAAGAUGCCAGAGGGAGACAUGGGCAAAGAGAUCGAAACCAAGUAUGAUGCUGGAGAGGAGAUUCUGAUCACUGUUCUGUCUGCAAUGAACGAGGAGGCUGCAGUUGCCAUCAAGGCCAUGGCUAAAUAAGACACUACAGGGGUUAACAAGAUGCACUGGAUCUGAAAAAGGAGGGAAUACGGCCAUGUCAAUGCUAUUCUCUCUUUUUCUGUCUUUUUUUCUUUUUCGUCAACUCUCUCCCUCUCUGUACUUUCUCACCCUUCUCUGGGUAAAAUUGGAAACAAAUUUCAAUAAAUAAUUGGGAAUUGCAAACAGUCAAAACAUUCUCUCUCUAUAUAUAUAUAUAUAUAAAUAUAUAUAUAUACAUACAUACAUACAUACAUACAUACACACACAGUAUACAAGUCAGCACCAGUACACACACACACAGCAUACAAAUCAGCACCAGUACACACACACAGCAUACAAAUCAGCACCAGUACACACACACAGCAUACAAGUCAGCACCAGUAUACACACAAGUCAGCACCAGUACACACACACAUACACGUCAGCACCAGUACACACACACACAAGUCAGCACCAGUACACAAGUCAGCACCAGUACACACACACACACACACACACACGUCAGCACCAGUACACACACACACACGUCAGCACCAGUACACACACACACGUCAGCACCAGUACACACACACACACACACACACACACACACACACACACACACACACACACACACACACACACACACACACACACACACACACACACAGCAUACAAAUCAGCACCAGUACACACACACACAGCAUACAAGUCAGCACUAGUACACACAAACACACACAGCAUACAAGUCAGCACCAGUACACACCACACACACACACGUAAGCACCAGUACACACACACACACACACACACACCAGCACCAGUACACACCACACACACAAGUAAGCACCAGUACACACACACACAAGUAAGCACCAGUACACACACACACACACACACACACACACACAAGCACCAGUACACACACACACACACACAGCAUACAAGUCAGCACCAGUACACACCACACACACAAGUAAGCACCAGUACACACACACAAACGUAAGCACCAGUACACACACACACAGCAUACAAGUCAGCACCUGCACACACACACAGCAUACCAUUCAGCUCCAGUACACACACAGCAUACAAGUCAGCACCAGUACACACACAAGUCAGCACCAGUACACACACACACACACACACAGCAUACAAAUAAGCACCAGUACACGCACACACAGCAUACGAGUCAGCACCAGUACACACACGGCAUACAAGUCAGCACCAGUACACACACAGCAUACAAGUCAGCACGAGUACACACACACACACACCAUACAAGUCAGCACCAGUACACACAGACAGCAUACAAGUCAACACCAGUACACACACACACACACAGCAUACAAGUCAGCACCAGUACAGACUAACGGAGAGAGAAGAAAUGGAGAAAGAAGUGCUCUCACAAACAUGCUGCCUGUGAGGGCGUAGGUAGCUACUGCACCUACAGUCGAGGGGAGGGCUGGUGGAAAUGUCUCAAAUGUCUUUUUUGUAAAUUCUCUCCUGAUUGAUUAAGGGCUUCUACAACUCUAGAUUUAUGAUGAGUGAUGCUGUUCUGUUUAUGAGCGCAUUCGGCGGGAGCGCUGUGCUCAUGUUGCAAUAGAAAUAUAGAACUGGCACCAUUUUCAAUGUAACAAUGGAGACUUGUCAGGUCUAUACAUUACUGAUUUUCAGAGUGAUCCGCCCUUCUGAAUGAGCCCCAUAUGUCCUAUUCAAUAUUGUGUGUGUGUAUCGUAUAUCACCUAAACUUGUCUGUUAAAAGAUGCCAGGAUCAGACCUUUCAGAGUAGGAGUUGAAUAAGCGUCACACAGAAGCAUUUGGGAGAAAGGAAACGCGCAUGCCAAUUCCAGUGUUUAAUUUCAGUCUUUCACAAGUAUCUGAUUGAGACCACGUACAGGACCUUUCAGCAAAGAACUUGGUAAAGACCCUUAGAGGCUGCCAACAGAGCAGGUAGCUAGCUAGUAGACACACUGGGUCACCUAUAGGGAGAGGCACCAUGUAGUUGACCCAUUAUUACUUUGUACAAACUCAUGAGAAAGUUAUGGCAUGUUUUUUGCUUUAUUGUAUUCACAAAGAAGUCCAAACUGUGCAGAACGUCUCCCACCCCAAACUAAAUUAAAGACAAAUUGUUAAAUUGUGA